AUGGCCACUCCUAACCCCCACCUUCUCAAUGCCUUCAUGGCUGCAAAGAGAGAAUUCCUGGCAUCGCAAAAAGACCGUUCGCUGUUUGACCGCAUCUCCAAUGCCACUUCCAUACAGGAGAUCCAUGAAUUUGUUAUGCAAUUUCAAGCUCAACAGAGUAACACAACCGGAAUGCGGUGCCUACGGAAAAUAAAUAAAUUUCUGCAAAAGCUUGGCCAAUAUUCCCAAGUGAUUGAACAAUUUGUUCAAGUCAAGCCAGAUAUUUUAGCGUUGAUAUGGGGGCCGAUAAAGCUAUUGCUUCAGAUGGCGAAUGCCACAACACAGUCCUUCGACGCUAUUGUCGAUACAAUGGACAUCAUCGGAGACAAAUUGCCUUUGUUCGAGAACUACACGAUGCUUUUCGAGGCGAAGGAUCGGGUUAAAGAUGCUCUGAUAUUAUUCUACAAAGAUAUCUUGGAUUUCUUUGGCAUCGCUUUGAACUUCCUCAGUUUGAAACAUUGGAAACUUGUUUUCGAAUCUGUCUGGCCAAAGCACAGGAGCAAGAUUGACGUCGUGGUUAGCAAUAUAGAGCGCCAUAGUUUCCUCCUACGGGAUGAAGUCAAUCUUGAACAUAUCAGUGAAGCCCAUCAAGCUAGAGUUAUCGACUUCGACCGCUGGGCAGCAACUUUCGAGUUCCAGGCACGGCAAAAUUAUAACGAACUUGAGACCUUUAUUUCCCCAAGAUUGUACGAUGACGAACUGGAUCGGUUCCAGAGGAACCUGUGCGAGAGGACAGGACGUUGGAUCCAAAGGGACAAAGCUAUAAGCAAAUGGCUUGAUCCAAAUGAUACAACAAAUAGACUUAUUUGGUUACAAGGGAUACCCGGGGCAGGAAAAUCAUACCUGUCUUCCAUGAUCGUGGAAAAGGCCAAAGCUUCGCGAACGACCGUUUUAUUUGUUUUCCUGAGCUAUAAGCAAGGGGAAGUUUCCACAAUAUCGAUUCUUCACUCCCUGAUCUUCCAACUGGUCAUUGGCGCUGAGGGAUUUGACGAAGCACUUAGAGAGGAUAUGAGGAUCAAGCUUUUCGAGAUUUAUCGGUCAAGCCAACGGAACCUAAAGAGCAACACCAAAUUUGCCCGAGAAACGCUAUGCAGCCUCCUGAAUUGUGUAGGGCCAGCUCAUAUCAUCAUAGAUGGACUAGAUGAGCUCGCCGAAGGCGAACGAGCUACAACCCUUCGUGAGAUUUUAUCCGUAUUGCAGGAUGCACUUGAAACAAAACUGUUCAUAAGCAGCAGAAUGGAGGAUAACAUUUCUAGGAUCAUGAGGAAAACUGUUCAUAAAGCAGUCCGCGUGGACGACCAGAACGGCGGAUGUAUUCAAUCAUUCGUCUCGAUUACAAGUCAAAAAUGGCUGAGUGAAUCAGAUUUCGAUGAAGAAGCUUGCUCAGCAAUUACGAAUCUCCUAUCUCUGCUGGCAGCUAAGGCUAAAGGAAUGUUCCUCUACGCGAAAGUUGUCAUGGACAAUGUCCAAAUGUGCCACAAUCCUGAAUCAAUUCGAAAUGAGUUAAGAGCUUUACCCGAGACUCUACAAGAUGCGUAA